GAGCACGGCACAGCACAGAUGAUGCUGUUUUAACAUAACGAUAGAAAGGAAGAAACUAUCAUGGACAUACUAUAGAGGAUCAGCCUCCGCAUCCAUAUAAUAUAUAUAUAUAUAUACUGGUGUACUACAGCUUUUCGGAUCAUAACUACACUGGCAAGCAAUGCACGCGCAUUAGAACAGUACGGAUGAAUAGGUGACGUAACUCGACCUUCCUUUCCAGCUCGUGCAGUCAUGAGUUUAUGUAUGAGCCUAGCAUCUAUAAGGAAAGCGAACAACAAACUUUUUUCAAGAUGAUGACUGAACUGAAAACAGACUCUCUCCGAGUCAUCCCAAGAUCCCCGCGUUGCAGCACGGCCGAUAACCUACUCAGACUUACACUUAAGGACCAUUAUGACGUUACAAGGGAGCUUGGAAGGGGCACGUACGGUCAGGUGCUUUUCGCAAGGUGUAGAGAAACAGGGAAGAACGUUGCUUUGAAAGUGUUGUCAAAGAGCAAUACGAAGCUGCGUGAGUUUGAGCGCGAAUUUCGCUUCAGCUACUUUCUUUCGCCUCACUCCAAUGUUGUGGACACUUACAAUGUGGCGUUCGAAACCAGAACAGCAUUUGUCUUUGCGCAGGAAUUUGCUGCGUAUGGAGAUUUAUUUGAGAAAAUUCCUCCGCAACAAGGAAUGGCGGAAAAUGACGUGAAAAACGUUAUAAAGCAGGUGUCGUCUGCUUUGGAUUUCAUGCACAGCAAUGAUCUCGUACAUAGGGAUAUAAAACCCGAAAACAUUCUCAUUUUCGAGCCAGAUUUUCGUAAGGUAAAGCUAACCGACUUUGGUAUGACAAGAAAAGAAGGACUCAUUUUACGUAAAGUUAACGGAAGCAUACCAUACACGCCACCGGAAGUGUGUGAAGCGGUUAAAAACGAAAGUAUAACAGUAUCUUCCUCUGGUGAUGUUUGGGCAUUUGGGGUGUUGUUAUUCUGUAUGAUGACAGGAAAUUUUCCUUGGGAAAAUGCGGAAAUAAGUGAUAUAUAUUAUAAUGAAUUUUCGCUGUGGCAAAGACGCAAAUGUACAAAAACACCUUCGCAAUGGAGAAAAUUUACACCAAGAAUCCUCCGAUUUUUCCGUAAAACUUUGGAAGCAAAAGUAGAGAGGAGAUGCGAUGUAAAGGAAAUUAAAAAAUACUUCAGCGAUACUUGGUUAAAACCAUGUGCCCAAUCAAUAUCCGAUGAGACAGAAGAAGAUAUUACUACCGAUGCGGACAAUAUCAAUCCACUCACUUCAUUUCUACAAAGCCAUGGUAUCGACACAAAACUAGACGAAAAGCUUCGCGAACGAAGGAUCUCAGAAUGGUUACUGGCUCUUUGAACCCGACCGGUUGCCGUGUGAUACAGAUAAUGAAGGAGGUGUGAUACUGAUAUUUAAAGUUUCGGUCUGCUCGUCUGGUCACCAUUUGGUAAAAGAGAUAAAAUCUGCGAUGGUAAAAUCUGUAUGAAAAUAUUUGAUCGACAGUCAUGUAGACGUUAUCAAUGUGUCUAGUCGUCCUACUGUGAUAUCUGAUCGUCCGAUACGGAUGAUAUCGGCAUGUCUAGUCGUCCUGUGAUACGGUUUUUAUAGAGAUUUCUAAUCUGGAGCUGAGAAGGUAUUUUUGAUUACACAGUUAUACGGAUGUUUCAAUGAAAUGAGCAAAAAUCGAUUAAAAAGGAAGAUUUUUCCUAAUGUGAACAUGCUAGUAUUAGUUUUACCAGAAAAUGCAAACUAUCUUACUUACAAAUGAUACUGAUAAAGACAUCAGUUUCUGAUUUCCCUAUCACAAUCAACACUAUUUCAUUGCAUGCCAACGUAAUAUUUAUCCAAUAUGGGUCGCUUAAGUUGUAAAAUUAUCUACUGUAAAAAUAGAUAUGUUGAAAAAUCAUUCAGAAUUAUUUUCAACGUACUGAGCGAAAAACAGGGUAUUUAUAGCAGCCUUAAAACGGUUAAAGAGGAGAUGUUUUACGUUUAAUGUAGCCAUCUCUUAAUGUUAACGAUUAAAUUUCAGUUUUCCCAUUUCAAAAGAUGGGAAAACAAACUAGCUCGGGAAACAUAUUAUCAUUGCUAUUCUUUAGGCCUGACGCUUAUAGAUAAUUAGCGUCAGUUUGAAUGUCGACAUUGCUUCUUGAAUAAAUGUUGAUUUGGCUUGUUAAACCAUUCCCAGUAAAUUUCAUUUUUCCAUUGUCAUUUGUCUUUAAUUUUGACGGGUCAUGUGACCAGACCAAUAUUGUUUUCAAAAUAGAAGAGUGGACAGCUUUAGACUGUUUGCAAUUUAUAAACGUCUGUAUAUACACACAUAUAUGUAUAUAUAUCAUCCGGUGCUUUAUUGUUGCUUGUCAUAUACACAAAACUAUCGCAAUAAAGUGAUUUGUGCAAUAACGCUUUUGCAGCGAUGAGUAUUAAAAGUGCGAAUUUAUUUUGUCUCAACAAAAAUGUCUCUGAUAUUAAAAGGUAUUUAUAGCAAUGACGUCACUUGUGAUUUGUUUUAGGUCCGUAGGUACAUGGAUUGACCAGCUGUUGAUAUUCAUGUUGUACUGAUGUUUUGUUUGAAUAACAAAAGAGCAAUUUCAUGCUAUUUUAAUCUAUGUUUAAUUUGAAAAUAAAUAAAUAUACCAAACGCCUAAUACGGUAUAUGU